GUCAAAAAAUAUUCUCAUUAUUUUAAUUUCACCGGUUGAGCAUUCGUGAAGAGAUAAAUUAAAAGAUUUUCAAACAAAAUUUUUCAUUAUUCAAUAAAAAAACAACCUAAAGAAUAAAGUGGGAAGCAUAGUCUUUGAGUGAACUAAUUGUAAGCAGAAAUUUCGUAAACUAAAGUUUCCAUAAACUAGCGAAGCAAUAUGCGUUCCCUUUUACUGGUAGUGGCUUUUGCCUUUGUACUAAUUCAAAGCAGCAUAGCGCUGAAAGAAGACGAAUGUGAAGUUUGUGUCAAGACUGUCAAACGUUUUGCUGAUACAUUGAACGAUGCCACAAAGAAGGAUCAUAAGAAAAUUGAAGCCGAGUUUAAAAGCUUUUGCAAAAAGCAAAAGAAUAAGGAGCACAGAUUUUGUUACUAUUUGGGCGGACUGGAAGAAUCGGCGACUGGCAUUUUGAAUGAACUCAGCAAGCCAUUGAGUUGGUCGAUGCCUGCCGAUAAGAUCUGCGAGAAACUCAAGAAGAAAGAUGCCCAGAUCUGUGAUUUACGUUAUGAGAAACAAAUUGAUUUGAACAGUGUCGAUCUGAAAAAAUUGAAGGUUCGUGACCUGAAGAAAAUCCUCAACGAUUGGGAUGAAAGCUGUGAAGGUUGCAUUGAAAAAACUGACUUUAUCAAGAGAAUAGAGGAACUGAAACCGAAAUAUGCGCACAAUGAAUUAUAAAAAUCAAUGGCUGAUUGCACAUUUAAUUUAUAUUCUUAAUUUAUAUGCAAAUACUUAAUUCUACUCACAUGAACAUUUGUCAUUUUUUGAAUGAUUUUCAAUUUUUUAGAUGAAUUUAAUUCAAAAAUCCAUGAUUAUUGUUAUAUAAGUUAGAUUGAUAAUGUAAAAAAGAGAAAUAUUUAAACCGUAUGAAAUAAAACACAGAAUACAACUUGAAACACAUAUUUGGUUACAAAAAAAUUGUUAAUUUUAUUCGAUACAACAAUCACACAACAGUCAACAUUAUGUUGAUUAAGGUAUAUUUCGCAUUAAGGCAUACAUAUAUAAAUUUACAUUACGAAUACAUAUUAUUUGUUUAAAUUGAAAAUUGAGUAAAUUAAAAAAAAUUUGCACUAGUUCCAGUAAAUUCAUAUGAAGAGCAAAGAGAAUGAAGUGCAAUAUGCUCGGAGCAGGCAGGUAAAGUGAGUAGCUAGAUAGUGGAUAAAUGGCAUGAAGUGUAAUAAAACUUUUAUUAUUUUUGAAAAAAAUUAAAUUUAAAAUUACAAAUAAAUUAUUAUUAGUUUCAUAAAUAAAUGACGAAGAGUAUAUUGUUG